AUGUCUACCGCAACAAUCCAUCUUUUCGACCCUACCGCGCCAACCGAGCCCGCUAGAAAGCUCUGGCCAAAUCCAUCCCCAAAAGCAGGCUCAUCGCGCGUCUUCCACAACGGAGAGCAAGACUCUAUCACUGCGCUGGCAUCGCUGGGCCCGGACUUCGCCUCGAAAACGGCUAAUGAGCGGAGGGAGGCAGUGAGGCGGCAAGUCGGGGGUUUGGUGAAAGAGCUAGCGUCGAAGGACUACGUUGAGCGGGUGGUGGUUGAUACAACGCAUGACGCGCAUGCCUCAGCCGUUGCCGCCCAUUUAGCGACCUACAAGUUCACCCUCAAAACAGAGCCUGCUCAUCGGCUCAAAGCGAACGGUUUAAAGCCGCUUGAUGCGUCCGCCGAAUGGGACCGUGGGGUUGUUUACGCAGAGGCCCAAAAUUUGGCCCGGACUCGAAUACAAGCCGAGUUUUCUGAAGUCGAAAAGACAGAGGUGAUAGUAAGGGACGAAGCUUGGGCGAAGGAAAAGGGCAUGCGGACAUUCUUGUCUGUCUGCGGCGGGACUUCUGAACCGGGAAAAAUUGUCGAAAUUCACUAUAACGGUGCUUCCUCUAAAGACGCCGCCCCAUUAGUUCUCGUUGGUAAAGGCAUUACUUUCGAUAGUGGGGGAAUCAGCCUCAAGCCUUCUGCUGAUAUGAAGCUUAUGCGUGGAGAUAUGGGUAAGGGCACGCAUCCAUUUUUCCUCGCGGCUCACGUUGCACCAGGCGGAGCCGCAUCCGUAGUUUCUGCCAUCCUCGCCAUCGCCAAACUCAAGCUCCCUAUCAACGUUGUAGCGCUCACACCGUUAGCGGAGAACAUGCCGAGUGGAACUGCUACUAGACCAGGCGAUGUAAUCUACGCGAUGAACGGCAAGUCCGUCGAAGUCGACAACACGGAUGCUGAAGGUCGAUUGGUGUUGGCUGACGCUAUUUACUAUGGUUCAACCGAAUUUAAGGCUCACACAUUGAUUGAUGUCGCGACGUUGACUUAUGCUAUGGAUAUAGCCUUGGGCGAAGUCUUCACCGGCGUCUUCUCCUCCUCCGAUGCGCUCUGGGAAAAGCUCCACGCCGCUGGCGAGACCGAAUACGACCGGUUCUGGCGGAUGCCCCUCGACGAAGAUUACGGCCCGCAGAUCUACAGCAGCAACGCGGAUCUCUGCAAUACCGGCGGUAAACCCGGAGGAAGCGCGACUGCUGCACUUUUCCUGAAACAUUUCGUUCAUGGCCUGGGCACGACGAUCGAGUGGGCCCACAUCGAUAUCGCGGGCACGAUGGAGGCGACGCGGGAGAAGCCGUACUUGCUGACGGGGAUGACGGGGUCGUCUGUGCGUGGGCUGAUUGAGUAUGCGAGGAAUUUGGGGCAGAGGACAACUUGA